CAUUUCAUAACCGUGCAAACCGCACAUCUUCCGACUCCGGCGCACCGGCUUGCCACUCGAUUAAAAAGGUUUGCCAUCGUACGAGUACCGCAUUUACGGAUCCUCCGUAGGUCGUUCCCAGAUCCCCCAUCGGACGUCUCUCAAACCCAUACUGGACAGUCUGGGACCCGUCUGCGGCGCAACUCACCUCACCUCACCUACGUACACAGUAGUACGUACGUAGUACCGUCGCAGUCGCAAUGGCCAUUCUCCGAUAUCUAGAAUACUACCUCGCGCGCCUACUCUACAAUUCAAAGGGUCGCGACGCGAAACUCUUCACCAACAAUGCCACCCUCUUCGCCAAUGUCCCUAAGAACAUCGAACUCACCUCUCCCGACGUCGGCCCCUCCGGCUCCCAUUUGGGCAUCGAGCAUAGCGCGCUCGGCGCGAGCAGAUUCCCGGAACUCUCAUGGUCGUUGGCUCCCGACGCAGACAUCUCCCACUCCGACAUCAAAGAGUAUAUCCUGCUCUGCGAAGACCCCGACGCGCCGCUCCCCAUCGUGCCCAACCAUGGCAUGUACUACGCCAUCCCACCAGCGAAAACGCACAUUGGUCCAGAAGAUCUGCAAGUCGAUACGGCAAGGCAAGCUGGUGAGGCAAAGUGGCUGAAAGGCGGGUUCCGGUUGGGCAAGAAUAUCCGAGGAACCAUCUACGGUGGACCCCGACCACCAGUAGGCCACGGCGAGCAUAGAUACUUCUUCCAGGUAAUUGCGUUGAGGGAGAAACUGGAUCUCGAGAAGAUGAAGCCCGUGGCAACAAAAGCUGAAUUGCAGGAAGCAAUCAGAGGCAAGAUCCUUGGGUAUGGCAUUUGGAUCGGGAUUUUCGAGCACAAAUGGGAGUAG